AUGACCCCUACAGACCUCUUUGGAACCAACAAUUUAAGCACUUUGACACUGAAGUCCAAGGCGAUCUAUUUAGCAGAGAACCGAACCAUGGAAAUUUACAUGGGAGCCACAUCUCCAGUACUGUGCAACAGCACUUACUCUUAUUUGUGCAACGAAAGCAAACCUCUGGGCCUGGCGGAUAAAUCGGAACACCAGCAAUACAUCGUCGGCCUGUUCUUGUCGUGCCUCUACACAAUAUUCCUUUUUCCUAUCGGCUUCGUGGGGAACAUUCUCAUUUUAGUGGUGAACAUCAGCUUCCGCGAGAAGAUGACGAUCCCAGACCUCUACUUCAUCAACCUCGCCAUGGCGGACCUCAUUUUGGUCGCCGACUCCCUCAUCGAGGUCUUCAACCUGGACGAAAAGUAUUAUGACAUCACCAUUAUCUGCACCUUCAUGUCCCUGUUCCUCCAGAUCAACAUGUACAGCAGCAUCUUCUUCCUGACGUGGAUGAGCAUCGACCGAUACAUUGCGCUGGCCAAAGUCAUGAGGUCCAACAUCUUCCGCACCAUGGAGCACGCCAGGUUAAGCUGCGGCCUCAUCUGGCUGGCGGCCAUCUCUGCGGCGCUCGUGCCCUUCACGGUGGUGCAUUUCCAGCACACCGGAGAGAUGCACUUUUGCUUUGCGGAUGUCAAGGAAAUCCAGUGGCUAGAAAUCACCCUAGGGUUCAUCAUCCCUUUCACCAUCAUAGGCCUUUGCUACUCGUUGAUUGCCCGAGUCCUGGUCAGAGCUCACAAGCACAGGAGUUUGCGGAUACGCCGGCAGAGAGCUCUCCGGAUGAUUUUCGUGGUGGUCCUUGUCUUCUUCAUCUGCUGGCUUCCCGAGAACGUCUUCAUCAGUGUACAGCUUCUCCAAAAGACAGAACCGGUCCCAUCCCGGAGCCAGUCCUUCCGACACAGCCACCCCUUGAUGGGACAUAUUGUCAACCUCGCCGCCUUCUCCAACAGCUGCCUGAAUCCCCUUAUCUACAGUUUCCUAGGUGAAACUUUCAGAGACAAGCUGAGGUUGUAUAUCGAACAGAAGGCCAAAGUAUCAGCUCUGCAUCGGUUCUGUCAAGCGACCCUGAAAUCGGUCGUUCCCGACAGCACAGAGCAAUCAGAAGUUUAA